AUGAUCCCUGUGUGCACAUAUCUUCGGAAAACAGGAGAAAUUGAACGCUCUAAUGUGCUUCCUUGUCCCUUCUCCUCUGACCAAAUCGCUUCAGUGUGCCAAUUUCUCCAGAAUAACGGAGAAAUCGAACGCCUUUCUCGAUUUCUGUGGUCUUUACCCACGGAAAUAGACUGCGAUGCCAAGACUACCGAGACAAUACUUGUUUCAAAGGCGGUGGUCUAUUUCUACCAGAACAACUUCAAGGAUCUUUACGCCAUGCUGGAGAAUCACAAGUUUUCUAAAGAAAACCACGAGCGACUGCAGUGCUUAUGGAGGACUGCGCAUUACCUCGAAGCCGAGCGACAGCGUGGUAGACCCUUGGGAGCAGUGGGAAAGUAUCGCGUUAGAAGAAAGUUUCCUCUUCCGCGUACGAUAUGGGACGGCGAAGAGACUACCUACUGCUUCAAGGAGAAAUCGAGGAAUAUUUUAAACAAGGCGUACGCUGAGAACCCUUACCCUACCCCACGAGAGAAGUAUGAUCUAGCUAAGAUGACCGAUCUGACUGUGACGCAAGUAAGCAAUUGGUUCAAGAACAAGAGACAGCGUGUUCGAGCUGCUGAGAUGAGGAAGGGGUAAGUGAGAGAAACGUACCUUUAUCUUCUAUUUUUCAUUCAAAUCCACCCUCGUGUAAAAGUUAUGGAGCAGCGUUCCCCAUUGUUUUAACCACUAUAUGGUUUUGUAGUGAUAGGAGUCUAACUAAAAGUUAACUUGGAGAUGAACGUUCCAUUCAAUACCAAGUGAUAUUUCUCUUAAAUUCGCCUAAAUUUUCCUUUCCCUGUAGUAACUCGCCUUGGCCAAUUUAACGUCUGCUUCACACACACACGUCUUAUACUUUGUUUCUCCUUGUAUUAUAUCUCCAUUAAAGACAAAGUGUUUUGAUACAUUUUUUGGAUUUUUAGUCGUUAUGUGCCCUUUUUGAUGCUUCCGGGACGUUUACCCGUUCGUUCGAGGAAAUUCAUUUUACACUCUACAGUAUUCACGUAGUUAUAUGAGUUGCCGAAUCGUGUAGCUGGCCUUUUGCGUAGAUUAUAAUCCUUAUUAUGUACUCCAUGAAUAAAAUCGUAAGUAUAGAACCAUACAAACAAAUGCUUUUUUGCAGAAUUUGUUUAUCACGAUUUCUGAGAAAUUUUCUUGAAUUUUGACUGACUAUCGGCAAGGGAAGAAACUUAAAUAGUUGCCUUCCUUGGUCAAAACUCCACUAAUACAAUGUCAUUUAGACUCGGGUUCCAAGUAUUGGUAUUCCCAUUUUUUAUCAUAGUCAGAGGAGAAUUUGAUCAGUGGUCCUUAACUUAAUUCAGUUGUUACCCAAAUCGACCCUAAGUAAGUUCCGACUUUAUUAUCUCUGAAAAACGGAAAACAAAUCGUUUCCUGUGUAACAAGUGUUGGAGAGGCCGUUUAAAUUCGAAAGGCAUGAUCACAGGGUUUCUUCUACAAACUUUGAAGUCAGAUGAUGAUGUUUCCCUAAUUGCCUCUGCAAAGGAAAUUUUCAAGGUUGUUUGAAAAAUAUGUUAAGUAUUUAUUCGCUUUUCUGUCCAAUUACAUGUCUCCUUGAGGAAUUUUCUUUUACCAUAGAGAUUGUCUCUCUUUUUUUAUUUUUUUUUUAACACUAUUUCAGCUGAUUAGCUGCUAAUGGGAAACGAUUAUCACCUGCACAAGGACUGAGACACGAGUCGCUCUUUUUAUGUUCAUGGUUGUUUGCUCGAUCGUGAUCAAAGGCUUUUAAACUAAGAGAGCUUAGCAGGGGAAAUUAUAAAAAUUUCAAGUCCUGGAGACUCCCCCGCGUGUUGUUUAGUUUUAUUCUCGUUUUUUUUUUUCUUUUACCCAAUCGCCAUGAGUUGGAGAGCCGGAACUAAGAUUGCGGUAAAUGAGCUGUUAACGACUUUUUAAUAUAUUUAUUAAAGAUUACCAGUAGGAAGAAGCCUUUUGCUACAAACUCUUUUCAAGUAGCAUCUUAACAGCCCAUUGCCGAGAAUAAAAUAUUCACAGCAACGAAAAUGUAACUAAUUGUCUUCGUUCUACGCACGUGGAGAAUCGAAACCGACUCUGUGGUUUAACGUAAAGAGCUCUUUUUAAAUUUAUUGUAGGUCUCAUUUUGUGUCAAAUGUUUAAUGAAGAUGUCAUCUUGAAUUUAAAAAGUGAAAUUCAUUUUACUGCGUCAUUAAUCACACCACGGUUUAAGAGCUACUCUCACUUAAGUGAACAAACUCGAAGUUAAAAAGCACAUUUAAAAUACGUCACAAUUAUUUCUCUUCACAGUUUUACCAAACUUUAGUCGAUAUUAGCCACUUCUUAUUUCCUGUGGUUAGGGAUCAUGUUUCAUAUUGAUGUAUGCUUCUGCUCGACAAACUUAAUGGUAUUUGUGUGCGGGCUGAAGUCGUAUCUCUGAAUCAACAACUUUGAUACUCAUCCUUCAAUCACUUAUCUUGCCCAAAUGGAAAAAAGGUUUUAGCGUUGUUUGUUUUUCAUUUUAAGACCUUCCUUGUAUUUGAGCACCUGCGAGGUGAAAAACCAACCGAAAAUAUUAGCUAAUGGGCCGAGGGAUAUUCCAAAAUAAAAUAUCAAUAGCACGAUACGCGACACCGAUCGAUGUCAAUCAUGAGGUGACAGAUAUGUCCAAAAUCAUACGUACGCACUUGAAGUAUCUCCUUUGAUUUUAGUUUUGUUGAAUGGUUGGUCGCCUUUUUAAUAUUUCCCUGUUUUUGUAGUGAGCAUCCAUUUUCGCUUUAGCGUAAAAAAGAAACAUUUUGUGGGACACAGAAUUAAUCGUUGGUUUUAAAUGUAAAUCACUUUCGGUAUUGAUUGAUCCCUUUGUUGCUGAAAAAUAUUCAAAAUGUCAUUUAAACCUGCAUUGCCUCUUGAAAACGACUGGUGGAUAGUUCUGUAUAAACGGACAAGCCACAGCAAAGAAAAAAGCAGUUUGUUUCUUGAAAUUCGUAAGACAAAUUUGACAUCAAUAUCAUAGCAUUGUUUAAUAAACAUGAGAUGGAAAUACAACGUAGAGAGCGUAAUUUUCAUAUGAAAGAAAAAGAGUGGUGAAACCAAGGGUAUAUACAAGGAGCAGUAGAAUCUUUUUUCGUAGGUUUUAUACCCAACAGCAAGGGAACAGAAAAGGUCGUUGUGUUUAUUCCAACAUUUUCACAUAAUGAGCGAGUUUUAAACGGCAAAAAAUGUUGUUACCUUAUUUCCUUGCUCCAAUUUCUGUGGACUGAAACAGUCCCUUGCCUAAACAACUCAUAAAAAGGUAGGCGACAUCAUCGGGGUCUAUGACGUUUAUUAAAGAAUAGCAUGAGAUUUUUAGCCUCCCCUUGUACGUGAUGAGGCUUAUUGGCUUGACGAACCAUAUCCACAAGUUGUUUCUUUAACAGUUGCAUUUAUCAUUGUAUGUAUAUUUAAGAAAACGCUAAGAUAGGUGUCACAGUCAAAAAUAACUUAUUGUUGGAAGCAACAGACCAUAGAUUUUAACAGGAGAUGAUUUCGCGUAAUGUUGGGUAACCUGCGCAACUUUUGCAGCCGUCGUUUUUGCACUUUACAGCGCUAGCUAUUACAAUAUUACUUCUUAGUUAUGGGGUGUCCCUGUAAGAGCUCUUCUUAUUCUCUUUCACGUCUGUAUACCCCUGAGCCUGGAAGUCAAAUAGCAUGUAAUUAUAACAAUUACUUUUAACCAAUUUCCAGUAGGUCAGAGAAGUGAUGGCGUCACAAAAACUAAAUUUUUUAAAUUAUGUGUUUGGUUGUUAUAUCCAAAAGGAACAAGAUAAAAAUGUUUACUUGCAAAAUAUGAGCCUGUUUCGGCAAAUUGGCUGGGAGAUAUAAGCAUCAUUAUGCUCCGAUGACUCCAUAUAAUCCUUGUAAAAUGUGCCUGCAUAGUAAACGUUAGGAUCCAUGCAAGUUAAUCAUGUGUAUGUCAAAUGUACUUUUGUAGUGGCCUGGAUCCAGAUGGCAUGAUGAAAAUGAAAGGGCCCGGACGAUCUAUGAUGUUCAGUUAUGACGAGCUGCGUUCUCAUUUUCCCUACCUUAUUCCUCAACCUCCCAUCCUAUCAGCGUCGCAAGCUGCCUCACUGCCAGCAAGAUACCUUAUGGACAUACAUGCACGAGCGCAUUCUCAAAAUCACGCUCAUGUCCCGGUUCAGACGUACCCUGCAUACGUUUCGGCAAGUCCACAUCCGCUUGCAAGCACAUGUACGAGUACGCAUGCGCCAGACAGACCGGCUUUGGAGCUGUGUUCCGAAACGAGUGCGUUUGAACCUAUCUAUACGAGUAGACUUGGAUAG